UUCAUUCUACUUCAUUCCAUUAUUGUAUUUCACCAAUUGUCUGUAUUCUACGUCUUAGUUUACUUUAUUAUUUAGUAUUAUUUUUCGGAAUGAUAUCUAUAGUUGUUUAACUCAUAUAAAGUUUAAUGUGUCUCCAUAUACCUAGUUUUGUUUCUCUAAAUCAUGGAUAGCAGAAAAGAGAAAAUAAAGAAUUCGCUUAUAAUAAGUGAAUAUCCAUGGAGUUCGGAUGAUGAUGAAGAAACUGAUAACAACAGCCCUCAAGGUGCAGAGAUACAUCCAUUAAAUUUGAUGCGCAGGCAAUCUGGCAACUUGUCUGAUUCACCACAAAGAAGUAUUGGUGAUCAGCCCGGAACUAGUGGAACCAGAUGUGACCUACCACAACUAUCUUCGUCUCCAUCAGAUUCUCCAAUAAGAGUUACUCAGUCCACAUUAAGAAAAGCCCAAGCUAUGAAAGACCGACAUAUGUUUUGGUCUCUUUUGAAUAAUCCAACCAAGGUGUCUAUUUCUCGUUCCAGACUGUAUGAUAUGCCGUUGUCACUAUCUCGGAUGUCGAGCGGCGGCUCUAGCAGUUCGGGUGGGGCCACCGGUGGUGCUAGCGGAUCGGGUGGACCCGGCGUGUCCGGACAGCAUACCACUCAAGGUGUAGCUGGCCGGCUUGAUCGUAUCUCGUCUGCGGAUAUAGAUCGCGUGCUCGCUUUCAAACGUUUCACAAAGAAAUUGAACGCCAUUCAUGCUGCUAGGACAAAUAACAGAGUCACUUGCCCUGUAACGCGGGGCGUAGGUGCACCAUCAAGGAAUCCACUAUUUAACGGUGGCAUUUCGAAAAGAUUUCAUCCGAGUCAAACCUCAUCGAGAUAUGUACCAAGUGGCAGCAACAGUGGAGUAUUGCAAGGAUAUUCGCAUUUAACCAGACAACAAAAUGAUAAUUCACGCAUGAGACCCAAUAGCGACGGAACUGGAACAGGGGAAGGGCAAGGGGAAGAGUUGACCGCAGACAGGCGCUGCAGGAUGCGUCAUGGUGCUAACGAUGAAAUGCCGUUGAACUUUUGUGAAAGGCAGCAAAGAUCUGAAAAUGUGGCUGCAGAUAGAUCGGAAAUUGAAGAUGGUGGAAUGCCAUCUACAAGUGGGGUGCAGUUGGUGGCCGAAGUCUCAAGUGUUAGCGGCAGGCCACAAUUGGAAGAAAUGGAUGUAGAUGUGACUGUGGAGGAGCCUAGUGGUACCGUAUGCGGCGCUGUGCUAGAAGAGGUGGUGACGAUGGAAGACGGCACGGCGACAUCGCGGGAGGUUGCGCCGGAAGGCGGACCGGGGACCGAUAGCUCCACUCAGCAACACAUGUCUCUUGUACCGGUUGCAAAUACUGGUGAGGAUUCGACUGCAGGAUCACAAACAUCACGCGGGCCCAAACGGAAACGAGAAGGUCUUCAUGAUAGUGAACCACAUACAGUCACCGAAUUUAAUCAAAGACUGCUGCGUCUGUUAGAGUGCCCAGUGUGUAUGGAUUGGAUGGAGGCGCCCAUCGCACAAUGCCGGCGUGGUCAUCUUAUUUGUACCCGCUGCCGGGAACGACUCACAUUCUGCCCAGUUUGCAGAACAACCUUCUCAUCAGUGAGGAAUAGAGCAAUGGAAGGGGUGGCGGACUUGUUACGUUACCCUUGUCGCCACGGCUGCGGCCGCGAGGUUCGAAUCCGGCGACGCGCGCGCCACGAGGCCAGCUGCCCCGCGCGCAAGUACGCCUGCCCUGCCUCACUGUGCGCCGCCCGCGCGCCCCUGCCGCACGGCGAGCUCGCGCACCACUUCCAGAACAAGCAUCGCGACAUACUGAAGAUCGGGAGGAAACACGAGUUCUCAAUGAAAGUGAAUCUCGAGCACCACGACAGUUGGCUCAUUAUGGCGCUACAUGAAUACUUCCACUUACGAGUCGACGUCGACGUGCGCUCGUGGGGCGUCAUCAUCUACGUCGCCUACAUCGGCCCGCAGUGUAAAGCAAAGAACUUCACAUAUGAAAUUACAAUCAAUGGUCAAUACAAUUCAAGAAAACUAGUAUACGCGAGGGUGACGCACAGCGAUCUAGAGAGUUCCACACUGAAUGUGAGCCGUCAGGACUGCUUCCAUCUCACGUUAGACCAAGCACUGAAUUUCCUUAAGUUCAAGAACCGACAUCGCGAACAAGAUAGGUAUUUAGAUUUCAACGUGGAAAUCACUAGGUGCGGGAGCACAGACAGCGGCGGCGAUGCAUCCGAUUCUGAGUGAACGGAGUUAAACGAAUUUUAUGCACUUACAGACUUGCUUUAGAGUGACAUGGGAUUUCAAGUUGUUUAUAUACCGUCUAUGGUGCAUUUGGAUACUGUUGUCACGCCCUGUUCGAGUGUGUAAGUGACAUAAUCAAAACGUACGUCAGAGAAGGACUGUAAAUAUAUACAAAUGUGUUCCAUAUAGAAUUAAAAUUACGAUAUGAUCUAGCAUUUAAAUAUCGGUAACUUGUGAUAAAUAUAUUAUGUUUUAUAUUGGUAAGCUUUAAUUAAAUAAGCAUGUUUAAAUUUAUUAUCAUAGUUUGCUAUAUCGUUAAAUUACCUUUCUAUUAAUUAGAUAACAGGAAACUCACGGAUCUCUAAUUGUUAACAACCUUGAUAAUUAUGAUUUUAAGAUUGGGUGAAACUUAGGCGCCUGCAGUACUCGACAAUCAAUAAGUAUCUAUACCAGUCAUAAAUAGUGUUGUUAAGUGUAAACUUUUAACGUCCAGAGAACAAUGAAUACACCCAGAGCCGGGCAGAAUACAUGUUAGGGUUUAAUUAAAAUACAAAAUAAAUACACUCCGAUGGUAGGCAGUGUCGACCCAAUAAAUGUUAUUGGCAAUUAAACAAAUCAAGGUAUAAAAUUAAAAUAAUUUCCCAGCCUACAACAGGCCGGCCUUGAAACAAUUGUUCUUACAAGAACAAUUAUUACCUGAACUAAUAGUUCAGACUACUAAAUGAAAGCUACGAAAACAACAAUUAAAUUGUAUUUUGAAGUUAAAAAAAUACCGAGGUAAAUGUAAGCAUGUUGACUAUUGCCUUCACCACGACAUUGAUAGUUAACAAUGUCUCUGGCUACCAUCUGCCAUAUGAGAUAAUGGGCGUAUCUGACAAAAUACCUCCGCGGUAUUAAAAAUAGUAAUUACUAAUUAAAUUUUAAUGAAUAUAAAUACAUGUAUAUAUUUAAAGAUGAAUUUAAAUAUUACAAGUAAUUCAAACACUGCCCAAAUCUAAAUACACCCAAUGCACUCAAAAGUGAAAUGGUAAGUUAUUUGUAGGAAUAUUUGGAGAUUAAAUCAAGCAGCGCCAUUUAUGACUGAUAGUGCUGUCAGACCGUCUAUAAAAUUAUAUAUGUAAAAAAGUUG